AUGUCGCUGAUUCCCUACGCCCCAGCUGAGUCGCGGGAGAUUGUGCUGCGUCAUGGUUCUGCUGUUGUCGUGUACGACCAGCGCUCAAAACAACUCUCCCUCCGCGAUGCCUCCCACGCGACUGAUAUCGGCUCUACGUCAUGUCCGUACUGUCACCGAUCCUACCGCGAACCAUCACCCCAUGACGAACACGACAGCGACGCGGAGGAACAUACUGCGCCUGGCAUACCCACCGAAAAUGGCUUCGUCAAUCCCGCAUACUUCCAAAUGCUGCGCCGGAGUCAGCCAGGAUCAACAGAGGGAUCGCGACCCUCAUCACCACAUAAACAACUAGCGCCUGCCCCUUUGCGCAUGGGUAGCUUCGAGCCGCCUGAGGGUUCUGAGUUUGUGGGAAGCACACCGAUCCAGCCCGCUCGAAGCCAGGGUAUAUCUGCCAGAGCCUUCAGUCCCAACUACUUCAAGGACUUCUUCAUAGAAGAGCGCGAGCUGGGCAGAGGAGGCAAGGGUGUGGUCUUGCUGGUGCAGCAUAUCCUCGACGGCGUGCACCUGGGCAAGUUCGCAUGCAAGCGCGUGCCAGUCGGCGACGAUCACGAAUGGCUGGAGAAGGUCUUGAUCGAAGUGCAACUACUGCAGACCCUGUCGCACGAGAAUCUGGUAUCAUACCGGCAUGUAUGGCUGGAGGACUACCAGAUAUCUAGCUUUGGCCCAAGCGUACCGUGCGCGUUCAUACUGCAACAGUACUGCAACGCUGGCGAUCUCCACGACUAUAUUCUAGACUCUAUGAAGACAUCUGUAACCAAGGAGCAGAUGAAGGAGCGACUCAGGAGGAGGUCCAAGGGCCAGCUGGAAGAUCCAGAGGACGUGCAUGGACCGCGUCGCAUGCACUUUGAAGAGAUCAUAUCCUUCUUCAAGGACAUCACGUCCGGCUUAAGUCACCUUCAUGCCAACGGCUACAUACAUCGAGACCUGAAGCCUAGCAACUGCUUGCUCCAUCGUACUGGCCGCAAGAUCAAAGUUCUAGUCAGCGAUUUCGGCGAAGUGCAGUCCGCGAACACAGCGAGGAAUUCGACAGGAGCAACUGGAACCAUCUCAUACUGCGCCCCCGAAGUGCUUCGUCAAGAGCGACCUGGAGGUGCUUUUGGCAACUUCACAACCAAGUCUGACAUCUUUUCGCUCGGUAUGAUCGUCUACUUCAUGUGUUUUGCACGACUGCCAUACCGGAACGCGGAUGGUAUCGAUGAGGACAACGAGGACCUAGAUCAGUUGAGGGCUGAGAUCUCGACUUGGGCUGGUAUCGACGACGAACAGCGGGUUCGCUCAGACUUGCCUGAAAAGCUAUACAGAUCGCUGAAGACGCUCCUCGCCAUCAACCCCGAUGAACGCCCAGGUGCAGAGGAAAUCCUGAAUGUCCUGAAAUCACCACUGGUAUUCGACGAGUACAAUGCAUAUGCAGGCCCAUCGGGUCUAGACGAGUUUAGUCCUCGCAUAUCGCGAGCCGACACGCCCAGCCCUUCACCUAACCAAGGUAACAAAAAGCGUGCUUCGAUCAACUACACACGGCCAGGUCGAUCGCAUCUCAGCGCAACUGUCAUGGACCGCUCGCCUAGUCCGCCACGUCCGCAGCCGAUGAGGAGGCAGUCAUCUGAGGAUGGGGCGGUGAUCCUAAGGAGGAAAUUGGAGUUUCCGCCGCCCCCUUCUGGAGGGAGAACGCCAUCACCACAGCGUCUCAUGCUCCCUCCACCGCCACCUGCGAGUGCAUCAUCAAGACUGUACAGACUGUCAAGGAAUCCCGCUGCCAUUAGCACUACCAAGACUUUGCUGUUCUGCGCAAAGGCGUAUAGUUUGCUCUCGCCCUGCCAGCCCUUUGCGGCGGAUCCGCGCGUCCUGUACCCGUUGUUGUGCAUAGCAUCACUCGACUUCUUGCAUGCCGGCAUAUCUAUCAGGGGAAGGCCAGUCGAUGUGGGUGGGUUAGGACGCUCAGUAAUACUUCUCCUGGCACACAUGGUGGUUGUGGGUGUUCUGUGGAGAUGGAAUCGACUUUGCGCAGGUCGAAGUGUUGCUUGGGAUGGCAUGUAA